CACGUCGCGCUGCGUCGCGCAUUCGUUGUAUGCGGUGGUGUGGUCCGUGAGGUGGCGAGGUGACAAUGAGCGACGACGUGCCGGAAUCGUCCGAUACGCGUGCAUACGUAAUACAUGCGUAAUUGUAAAUCGUGAAUCGUGAGUAUUCGUGAGGAGUGGUGAGGUGGACUCCGCCACUCCGGUGACUCGUCGUUCGACGACGGUCAGACGCGCGGCGAAUUUGCGCCUCGUUCCCGGUAGAAAUCGGCGCGAUUGUGGGAGGCUGCCAAGCUGGAGUUUCGUAUUCACUGUGAAAAUAUCGCGAAUACCGAUGCCACGAUGAGCCGACGUGAUAGACGAUUUUGCGUACGGUACAAAUAAGGAAAGAGGCAUCUCCUCGUGAAAGACCGGAGUUCACCGGAGAUCUCUCGCGCGUUAUUGGCGCUCGUCAUCCGGCGCCUCUCCCAUCGCGUAUACGCGUGGUUAACGUUUUUUCCCAGAGCACGACAUUAGAUUCGUAAGGUAGUUAAGAUUUCUGAGAUUCCAAGAUGUAUCGUAAGCUGAAGUUCGAGGUGGAAUACCUGACGGAUGAGCACCUCACGGGGUUCGAGAGUUACAAGUAUAGCUCCUUGGACACAAGUCCCCUGAGCGUGUAUGUUAUGCAUCCCUUUUGGAACAAAAUAGUACAGUAUUGUCCAAAGUGGGUUGCUCCAAAUGUACUAACUUUCUCGGGAUUCCUUUUUACCGUGCUAAACUUUAUGCUAUUUGCGAUUUAUGACUACUACUUCUAUGCGUCCAGCGACGACAAGCCGGAAUACCCUCCAAUAUCACGAUGGGUCUUUGCCAUGGCUGCUUUUAACAUUUUUAUGGCAUAUACGCUUGAUGGGAUAGAUGGAAAACAGGCAAGACGCACACAAACAUCCGGUCCCUUAGGAGAACUAUUUGAUCAUGGUUUAGAUAGUUGGACUGCCAUGUUGAUCACAGUGUGUAUGUAUUCAGUCUUUGGCAGAACAGAUCACAGUGUCUCGCCGCUACGAAUGUACUUUAUACUGUGGAAUGUAUUCAUUAAUUUCUAUCUAAGUCAUUGGGAGAAGUAUAACACAGGUGUACUCUUUCUUCCCUGGGGAUAUGAUGCUUCCAUGCUGGCAACUGUCAUUGUAUUUACACUUACCAGCAUAGGUGGACACGAAGCCUGGAAAUUUGAAUUGCCAGGUGGUAUAUCGGCGGGAAUGAUGUUUGAAAUGUUAUUUUAUGUCAGUGCGCUUGUGUCCAACUUACCAGUCGUUAUUUGGAAUAUAUACAAAUCGUAUAGAGAUAAGACCGGAAAAAUGCGGACGUUUCCAGAGGCUAUAAGGCCUUUAGUGCCUUUAGUUUUGUUCUUUAUAAUUUCCACAUUCUGGAUAAUGCACUCUCCAAACAAUAUUCUAGAAAAAGAUCCGAGAAUAAUUUACUUCGCCAUCGGCACUAUUUUUUCCAAUAUAUGUUGUCGAUUGAUCGUAUCACAAAUGAGUAAUACUAGAUGCGAGAUAUUACCGUGGUUACUAUUACCAAUCGCAGUGGCCGCUGUUUUCUCAUUUAUCUUGCCAAGCAUAGAUUUGGAAAUUAUGUAUUUAGUUUCUGUAGUGGCCUUGGUGGCACAUGUUCAUUACGGCACUUGUGUGGUACGUCAAAUGUGCCGACAUUUCCGUAUUCAGACUUUCUCCAUAAAAGAUCAUUCCGAAUGACUACUUGCCGACGAUGCAUGUUAAGAACGAAGAAACAAAGAAAAGGUCGAUAAAAACUGACACGGAAAAGCAAGCAGGGAGAAGAGAUCUGACACACACAUACACGAACUUUUCUUAGGACUAAUCACGAGGCAUUAACAUUUGACAAAACACCUUUUGAACAGCUAAGAAAGGGAAAUUAUUAAAUCACGUUCUUUAUGAGAACGUGCGCCAUUCACGCGAAAUACGAUAGUAAUGCUGCUCGCAGAGAUUUGAUAGCGCCAUUUUAUUCUAGAUAUCUAAAAAAAAAAAGAUUAGUGUGUCUGAUAGAUCGCCUAUUUAUUUCUAUACAAUAACAAAAUUGUCCGAAAUGUGUUUGACUAUUUACUGUGAUAUACUUAUCCUUAUCACUGCUUUAUCUCCAAGAGCAGCGGUUCGUCCAUAAACGUAAACUCUUCAUCAUGAUAUUCCGCUGGGCUUACAUAUAAUAUGUGUGUACAAAUACUUUUUCUUUGAAUGCUGCCGAGCUCAUUGAGCAGUAAACUAAAAAUGCACCUCUUCGUUUUCGACAUGUAUCGUCCCUCGGACGUUAUUAAUCAAUGACUAAUA